AUGACAUCUGAUAAUAAUUCGCGUUCAAGAUCCAACAAAAUCACUAAACGUAAUAGACGUCUCGUACGCAAUAAUAGUACAUCUCAAUCGGUUGCACGCGUGAACACAUCACAAGUAAGACCAUCAUCAACACGACCAAUAAGACCACCAUCAUCGCCUACUGCAGAAGAACAAAUGCUACAUGAUGGGUUCGCCUUUAAUUCCUUUAAUUCGCUUCAGUGUUCAGAAGUUCGUAAUAUUGAUAAGGCUCCAGAGAUUGAAGUUUUAUG